AUGGCCGCCCCAUUAGUCGGCGAUAUGCCCCCAGCGGAAGCAGAAUCUGUUUAUUUCAAUGAAGACUCCCCACCAAAGGCACUUCCACGACAUGAAGCCCUUGCACGCGCAUUCAUUGACCUCCACGUGGAGGCGAAGCGACGCGUAGUACUCGUCACAUCCGGAGGCACAACAGUACCACUAGAAGCGCAAACCGUACGCUUCAUUGACAACUUCUCCGCCGGAACUCGAGGCGCCACAUCAGCCGAGUACUUCCUCGAGCAGGGAUACGCCGUGAUCUUCCUGCACCGGCAGUACAGUCUGCUACCGUAUUCGCGGCACUACAGCCACUCGACCAAUUGUUUCCUAGAUUUCAUGGAGGAGGCACCGGCGUCGCCGGACUCCCCCAACCCUGGACAUGGUCGUAUCAUGGUGCGUGACGAGUAUCAGGACGAGAUGCGCAGCGUUCUGCGAAAAUACCGCUACGCGAAGCAGCACAACCGUCUACUCCUUCUUCCUUUCACCACGGUCGCAGAAUACUUGUUCGAGCUGCGGUCGAUUGCGAAGCUGAUGCGACCACUGGGCCCGGAUGCGCUCUUCUACCUUGCGGCUGCUGUCAGCGAUUUCUUCAUUCCGCGCAGUCGCAUGGCAGAGCACAAGAUCCAGUCUGGUGAUUUGCCUCCGCAUAUGCAAGGCAGCGCAAUUUCAUCGGAUGAAAUUUACACGGGCGAAAACGAAGAGAAGCCCUCAUCAAAUAGCAAGAAGCUUGUUGUCAACCUCGACCCCGUGCCUAAGUUCCUGCACCAGUUGGUGGAUGGCUGGGCUCCGGAGGGGAGUAUGGUUGUCUCAUUCAAACUGGAGACGGAUCCCUCGCUGCUUGUCUACAAGGCACGCACUGCGCUGCAGCGCUACUCUCACCACUUGGUGAUUGGCAAUUUGCUUUCGACGCGCAAAUGGGAGGUUGUUUUCAUUACCCCGGAUGAGCCGCAUGAGCGCUGGAUCCGGGUUCCCAAAACCCGACGCAGUAAGAGUAUCUCUGGUGUCGAGGAUCAGGUGGAACCUCAGCAGAUUGACGAAAGCAGUCGGGAUGGAAUUGAGAUUGAGAGUCUCAUUAUUCCGGAGUUGGUCAAGCUGCACACGAAGAUGAUCGAGAAGCAGACACAAAGUGCGAAGUAA